AUGGUGUCUUCAAUAUUAUUUAUAGUUUGGAUUGUGUUAUUUGAUCGAAGCCUAUUUGUUAAAACAGCUUUUAACCAUGAUAGUGCUUCACAAAAUGAACUAUACACUAAUACUGUAACAUUUAUUGAAGAUACAACAAUUGCCGAGCAGACAGCUGCUGCAUCUUCAGAAAAUAAUGGAGAAAUUGAUAUACCUAUACCAUUAACAGAUGAUAUCAUUGAAUUAAAUGUUGGUGGCCAGAAAAUUACAACAUUACGUUCAACUCUAACUGUUGUACCCAAUUCAAAAUUAGCUCGUAUGUUUAGUAAAGAUAAUUCAGAAAAGAAUUUACCUAUGGAUAAAAAUGGUGCAGUUUUUUUUGAUUAUAAUCCAACGUAUUUUAAUUAUUUACUUGAUCAAUUGAGAACAAUUAAACGUUUGCCAGAAAAACCAGGAUAUCAUCUUCAAUUUCAAACACCAUAUAUCAGUUCACAAAUAAAUUUUACUCAUAUGCUUGUCGAUCUUGGAUUAACACCUGACUAUCUCUUAUCACCAAGAGAAGGUACACAUAUUAACUUGACUGUAAGUUCUCUUGCUGGUUGGAAAGAAUGUUAUCGUAGUACAUAUGAUAUUCCAUUUGAUUUAUCUGUAUUGAAAAAAUCAUGCAAUGGUAGUCAACUUCUUGUUGCUUGUCGUCCUGUUGAUAAUAAAAAAAUACUUAGUCUAGCAGGUAUUGGAGAAAUGGAAGAUGUUUUUCAUCCAUGUUUACCAAAACGAUGUAAAAUAAAUGAUAAACCGAAGAAUAAAAAUAGAAAAUUCAUAUGUUCAUCAAAUUAUCAAUGUAUUACUCAAGCUAAACGAGGUGUUGGAUGGUAUAAUGCAAAUAAUCAAACUUGGGGUUUUGUACGUGGAUCUUUAUCAUUUAUAAUUAAUCCAUGUGAUUCUAGUGAUUUGGAUUCUGAUUAUCGACUCUGUUGGACAUCACAAUCACUCAUUAAACAGGGUACUGGUGAUCGAUGUGGCAAUGCACAAAAUUUACAAAAUUCAAACCAAUGGGAACGUCUUAUUUACUAUAGUGUUUAA